AAUGCCUCGCUUUGAUGAUCGAUAUGGAAACACUCGCCUCUACGUUGGCCGCUUGUCAUCUAGAACUCGCACCAGAGACCUUGAGCGUCUCUUUAGCAGAUACGGAAGAGUACGAGAUGUUGAUAUGAAGCGCGAUUAUGCCUUUGUUGAAUUUAGUGAUCCUCGUGAUGCUGAUGACGCAAGACAUUACUUAGAUGGACGAGACUUCGAUGGAAGUCGCAUCACUGUGGAGGCUUCCAGAGGGGCACCUCGUGGUUCUCGGGACCCUCGAGAUAAUGGUAGUAGAGGUCCACCUCCCGGUUCUGGCCGCUGUUUUAACUGUGGUGUUGAUGGUCAUUGGGCUAGAGACUGCACAGCUGGGGACUGGAAGAACAAAUGUUACCGUUGUGGUGAAAGAGGACACAUUGAGAGAAACUGCAAGAACAGUCCUAGUCCUAAGAAGGCCAGGGGUGGUGGAAGCUACUCCAGGUCACCUGUUAAAUCCCGUUCCCCUCGCCGCAGAAGAAGCCCAAGCCGUAGCCGUAGUUACAGCCGUGGUCGUAGCUACAGCCGAUCACGGUCCCCAGUGAGAAGAGAGAGAAGCGUGGAGGAUAGAUCACUCAGCCCCAAGGCAAUCGAGCGAUCCGUAUCUCCCAGAGGCAAAGACCAAAGCAUGAGUCCAGAGCGGAGAGUUAUAGAUGCAAGCCCAAAACGUGAAAAGCAAGAAGGAUCAGACUAUGAAGGUAGCCCAAAAGAGAAUGGUAAUGGCAAAAGCUCUGUGAGUCCCAUUGUAAGAGGUGAAGACAGUCCUACUGGACUUGAUGGUCAGGACAGGAGUCCUGUUGAUGAUGAGGUUGAGCUUAACCGUUCUUCCCCUAAAGGCAGCGAGUCACCAUGAUGGCUCAAUGCUUCAACUGUAUGUCAGUGGAUGAUGCUGUUCCUUCCUUGCCUUGAUCCUUUUGUUGGCUCGCUGUUGUGUCUUUAGACAGCUUUCAAACUGUUAGCUUUCAUACAAUUUUUGUUUGCAAAACAUAUUUAUAAGACUUUCGUUCGACUCUUGUAAGAAUAAAGCUUCGAAUAUUUAUGCAUUUUCUUAUUAUAUUCAGG